CUUCACAGUGCCGCAUGUUGCGUGUUCCAUGCUUCUGCAAGUAUUUUCAGCUGCUAUUCGACCAACGUAACCUUGGACAGCCCUAUAUAUUUUACCAGAGACCCAAACCAUGCUAAGACGUGUACUACCACGCUUGCCGCUUUUCCGGGUCUCUGCACCCAUACUUCCAAUAUCGUCGCGGUUGAGUGCUCGCGCAGUACCUGCGAUGUCCUUGACUGGCUCUCCACGUUUGUCGAGCCCGAGGCUGUUUCAUCACGUCCCUGCCCGCCUUACGUCAACCAUACCACCUCAAAACGAUCCAGCAUCACAGUUACCUCCAGGCGCUACCCUUUCUCAAAGGCUGAGGCACCUCAUUAAAUCCUAUGGAUGGUAUGCCCUUGGAGUGUACAUCGUCCUCUCCACAUUGGACUUCACCAUCGCGUUUGCUGGAAUUAACCUGUUGGGCGCCGAGCAGGUCGCGUCUGCCGCCGCCUACAUCAAAGAGACUGCUAUCGGCUUCAUCCAUAGCAAGCCACCAGAGCCUGGGCGUGAUGAAAUGGACGGCAUUUCUGUGGGAGAUGCGAGCCGCGAGGGCUUGUAUGCCACCUUGGUAUUGGCUUAUACCAUCCAUAAAACGCUAUUUUUGCCCGUCAGAGUUGGUUUGACAGCCGUUUUUACUCCUCGAUUGGUGGGCUGGCUGCGCACAAGAGGGUGGGCAGGUGGUGAGGGCGCCAGGAAAGCAGCACGCGACAUGAGGGAUAGGAUUCAAAGAAAGGAUUAAAAUCAGUUGAUCGGCGGAUCUGGUCACAUAUUACUUGCAUGGCAAUUACCUUCAUUGCCAUGAUCCUAAUUUCACACUAGAGGUUCGAUUGGAGACAUUGCAUGCAACCCUCUUUUGAACUAAGGUGCUCAUGAAGAAGUUAGUGCAUGAUGGCAGAAAGUGGAGAGCGACAGCACUUUGGGGUACACGCGGGGAAAUUCAAUUCGAACACGCUAGCGUAUCAUGUUUAAAUUCAAAUUGACCUCAACUACUCAUAUAUUGGCAAAAUUCGAUAAGAAAUUGGGUGAAAAUCUGGGCAUAAAAGUA